AUGCAGACAGAAAACUCGAAUUUCAAUGUAUUCGAGCCUGUUUCAGACAUCAUCAGUACACUACAAAACAUCGCAUCACAGCUCUCACGUUCGCAAGUGAUUAUUCCAAUCCUUGAAACUCCAUACUCUACACUCCCCAAUAUCGACCGCUCUACUGUCGAACCCGAAUGCCAGAGUGUUAUCAACACCAUUGCUGAGCGCCAGCAGCAAUUGGAUGCAGUUUUGCAUGAGAUCUCGGGCCUGGAGAUCGUGAUGGAUAGCAUCAUGAAUCUUCAUCAGCAAGCUGUCGAUGAGAAGCAGAAAGUUACAGAGUCGAUGAGUCUGCACAAGGGAUUCGUGUCGGGUCUCUGGCGCCUGCCAACGAGAGUCCUAUCCAACAUAUUCACCCACUGCCUCUCUACGACGUUGUCUCUUCCAUCAAUUUCCAAAGCUCCAUUGCUGUUAACAAGAAUAUGCCGACGAUGGAGAGAGGUUGCUGUGGGUACGCCCGAUCUAUGGUGCGGGAUGUCUGCGAAAGCCGACCACAGAGAUUGGAAGCGGGCAGCUUUUGGCUAUAAUUUGUGGCUCAAGCGUUCACAAGGACGUCCACUCUCAUUAGCAACACUCGGUUACCGCCGCUCGAUUAAACUACAGAGCUUUCUUCAGCCUUACCUCACUCGUAUCACCUCUCUCCGAGUCCAUAUUCAUGAAUUCCCUGACCUUCCCGUUGCGGACCUGAUAGUACUCCAGGAGCUGAAUGUCGGAGGGAUGAAGAAUGCUGACAUUCCGAAUAUUGUACAAUCUAUCUCGCAACUGCCAUCCACUAUGCGCAGUCUCAACGUCAUUGAUAUGACGUCGUCUUUAGACAUCAAGGACUUGUCACCUUUCUGGCCCGUAUGGGCCCACUUGACGGAUGUCCAGAUCUCCGUACGUGACCCAAACGUAGUCGUCCAUGUGCUUCAGCUAUGUCCCAACCUGUCUUACUUAAUUGUCCGCGUAGAAUUCGACCGACGACCAUUGAAAUCGUUUGCACACACCAAAUUACAAUUCUUAGGCGUCCUUUAUCCCGCCUUGUUCAAGCGCCUUUUACCUGGCCUGCUCAAUGCGCUAUCGCUCCCUAAUUUGCGGUCACUUGAAGUUGAAUGCCGCAAUCAUUCUUUGCCUCAUGAGGAUAUGAAGGCAUGGUUGGCACAGUCAAAGUGUCCCCUGGAGACCCUGACUGUCUGCGGUCAACUGACAGUAACAGAUGCGCAGCAAGCGGAAUAUGUUUCCAUUAUUCCUUCCCUCAAAGUAUUGCGCUCUUACAGGAUUUUAUGCUGA